AUGUCUGCUGCCAGCAAUCUGCGAGCUGAAGAUCAGUUUCUGUGCGCCAUCUGUCUGGAUGUGUUCACUGAUCCCGUCAGCACACCAUGUGGACACAACUACUGCAAAACCUGCAUCACUCAGCACUGGGAUAUUAAUGUUAGGUGCCAGUGUCCCAUAUGUAACAAGAUGUUCAUACCAAGAUCUGAACUUCAUGUUAACACCUUCAUCUCUGAGAUGGUCACUCAGUUCAGACAUGAAGCUCAGCAGAAAGGCAACAGCAGCAGCUCAGAUGAAGAAGCUGCCAAACCAGGAGAAGUUCCUUCUGUCUGGAAGCUGCUGUUUCAGAAAGCCUUUAAGAUGUUUUCAUCACAGAAAACUCUGAAGUCCAGCUUUCCGUGGUGUUUGCUCAGCCUGCUGUUAGGCCUAAUACAUAAGCUCUUGGAGCCUGUGAAAAACCUGGAAGGAAGGAUGUGUACAAAACACAACAAACCUCUGGAGCUGUUCUGUAAGACUGACCAGACAUGUGUCUGUGUGCUCUGCUCUGUUUUAGACCACAAGAACCAUGAGUUUGUUCCUCUGAGAGAAGAGUCUGAAGGAAAGAAGGCAGAUCUGAGGAAGACAGAGGCUGGAAUUCAGCAGAUGAUCCAGAAGAGACGACUGAAGAUCGAGGAGAUCAAAAAGUCAGUGAAGAUGAGCAAAGAUGCUGCAGACAGAGAGAAAGCAGAAGGUGUUCAGGUCUUCACUGCUCUGGUGGAGUCUGCUGAGAGAGGCCCGAAGGAGCUCAUAAAGGAGAUCGAAGACAAACAGAAAACAACAGAGAAACAGGCUGAAGGUUUCAUCAAAGAUCUGGAACAGGAAAUCUCUGAGCUGAUGGAGAGAAGCUCUGGGGUGGAGCAGCUCUCACAGUCUGAAGACCACCUCCACCUCCUCCAAAGCUUCUCAUCUCUGAAAGCUGCUCCACCCACCAAGGACUGGACAAAGGUCAGCGUCCGUCCAUCACAUGAGGGGACUGUGGUGAGAGCUGUGGCUCAGCUGGAGGAGAGACUUAGGAAAGACACAAGGAAGCUGUUUGAGGCUGAGCUGAAGAGGGUCCAGCAGUAUGCAGUAGAUGUGACUCUUGAUCCUGAUACAGCACAUCCUGAACUCAUCCUGUCUGAUGAUGGAAAACAAGUGAGUCAUGGGGAUGAGAAGAAGAAACUUCCAGACAAUCCAGAGAGAUUUACACGUUACAUUGCUGUUUUAGGAAAGCGGAGUUUCUCUUCAGGCAGAUUUUACUUUGAGGUUCAGGUUAAAGGAAAGACUGACUGGAUUUUAGGAGUGGCCACAGAGUCGAUCAAAAGGAAGGGAGAAGUCACUCUCAGAUCUCAGGAUGGUCUGUGGUUUAUGUUGAUGAUUAAUGGAAAUGGGUACUUUAAUGCUCCUUCCGUCCAUCACUCUCUUCAGUCUGCUCCUGAGAAGGUGGGGGUGUUUGUGGAUUAUGAGGAGGGUCUGGUCUCCUUUUAUGAUGUAGAUGCUGCAGCUCUGAUCUACUCCUUUACUGGCUGCUCUUUCACUCAGAAACUCCACCCAUACUUCAGUCCUGGUCCCAAUAAUGAAGGUCAAAACUCUGCUCCUCUGAUCAUCAGUCCUCUCAGUCACCGUGUCUGA